AUGGCUGGCAGGAGACAAUCAUCGCGUUUAAGUAAACAGACGCUUAGCACCGUCUCAGAGCCAAAAUCGAAGAUUAAACGAGAUCUUCUCUCGACCUACGCCUACAGCGACAAUCAAGUACAUUCUGCCUCACAUGUGUCUGAAUCCUCUCAAGUAAUCAAACAUGCGCGACCAAAAAGUACGAAAGUAAGCAAAUCGACAAACCCAGCAGGACCUCCAAACGACUGGAAAUCUGUCUAUGAAGUAAUUAAAGAAUAUAGAAAAAUUGCUUUGGCGCCAGUGGAUACCAUGGGUUGUGAACGGUUAUCAGAAGAAACAGUCGAUGAGAAGACUUCAAGGUAUCAGACAUUAACGUCAUUGAUGCUAUCGUCACAAACCAAAGAUGCCAUCACAGCUGCUGCUAUGCGUAAUCUUCAAUCGCAAAUUCCUGGUGGGCUGACUUUGGACAAUGUCAUAGCGUGCGACAAAGAUUUACUGCAUGAGUGUAUCAAGUCGGUUGGAUUUCACACGCGAAAAACAGAUUACAUCAAAGCGACUGCUGCAAUUUUGAAAGAGAAGUACAAUGGUGACAUUCCAGACACAAUCGAAGGCCUAAUCAGUCUUCCCGGAGUUGGACCGAAAAUGGGGUAUUUGACAUUACAGUGUGCCUGGAACAAAAAUAUUGGCAUUGGUGUGGAUGUUCAUGUACACCGCAUUUCAAAUCGAUUGGGAUGGGUCAAAACCGUUAAUGGAUCUCCUGAGGAUACGCGGAAGGCAUGUAUUGCUCUGGAAGCAUGGCUACCUAAGGAAUACUGGAAGGAGAUCAAUCCUCUGUUUGUUGGGUUUGGCCAAAUUACAUGUUUGCCUCGCGGCCCGCGCUGCAAUGCAUGCCCUGUCAACGAUCUUUGCCCGUCAGCAAAGCUGACAAGUACAAUUAAGAAGCGACGCUUGUCGAUCACCGUUCAAGAAGCACUUGAUAACAAAAGUGAUACCAGCAAGAAAGUCGUUAAAGAGGAAGAGGUCAUUGCAGAUCCGUUAAGCUGGUGA